UGUACGUAUAAACAAAAAACAAAUCGUGGUCGUUACUCGUUACUCAAUCUUAGUCGUUACUCGUUACUCUAUAUACAUCAACUGUUAAGUUUUGUGGUGCAUAAGAAUAUAUAAAUUAGUUAUAAUGGAAGAAGAUACAAAAAAAAUUUCUUUUUCAUUUAAGCAAAUAUCUAAGCCCAAGGUAAUUCCUGUACUUCCAAAACCAGAGAAAGAAGUUGAGUUAAUUGACUGCGUUGAAGAGAAAUCAAUCAAAAUUGCUGGAUUAGUGGAAAAAGUUGAACAGGAAUUAGUCGUACCUAUGCCAAAGUCAACUAAACAGCGACUACUAACCAAGGAUGUGAAAAUCUCAAUACCAAGCCAAUCGCAAGAGAACGGAGCGACAACUCUGGAAGAAAUGGCAGUACAGGCAAUAUUAAAGGGCUGUAAAAAACGAGAAGACGGCGAAGAAGAUGACGAAGAAGAAGAUACAAAAAUAGUUGAAGUACCAUUAAUUCAAGAUCAUCAAGAAGGGAUGGAGAUGUCUACAGCUGAAGAUUAUGAAAGAAUACCUAUUGAUAAAUUUGGAUUGGCUAUGCUUCGAGGUAUGGGUUGGAAACCUACCGAAGGUGUUGGUAAAAAUUCUAAAAUAAUUUCUGCUAGCCUGCCAGAGAUUAGAUCCAAAGGGAUGGGUUUAGGCGCUGAUAAAUUAAUUAAAUCUGUACGAAAAACCCAAGAUUCCGAAGAGGAACUAAAACUCAAAAAAGGAUCUUAUGUACAAUUUAAAGUUGGAAAACUUAAUGGUCUAUAUGGAGAAGUCUGUGGUUUUGAUGAAUUGUCUUCAAGAGUAAUCGUGAAAGUUUCUCGCACUGGGGAUUUAGAAAAUGUAAGUGAAAAUUUAUUUCAAUUAGUUACCAAAAGUGAGUAUGAAAAAAAUUGUAAUGUGAUUAAUAUAAAACAAUAUAAAGAAUAUCAUGAUGAUAUAACUAAAACAAGUGACCAUGGAAACCAAACCUAUCAUCGUGAAAAAAUAAUUAAAGAAAAUAUUUACAGUGAUCAUCGAUCUAGACACCAUAAAACGAAAAAAAGCAAACACUCCAAAUCACCCCAUAGAAAACAUAAAUCUAAUCACAGCAAAUAUAAAAAAUACAAACACAAAAGGUCUUCAUCUUAAUAUACAUUUAGAAUUAUAGAUAAAUUUUUAAUGUUGUUUUAUUUUUUUGUAAUAUCAUUUUAGGGAUAUUUUUUUACAGUUUUUUAGUUCAGGCAAAUAACAGACUGUAUGGCUGUUAAUUUGCUGCCAUAAAUAUUCAUUAAUUAUCAUGACAAUAUUAUUGUUUAUAAAUUAUAAGUAUUUAAAAAAGUGAGUGUUAAGACAACAACUAAUUGUAAUUAAAUUAUGUUAAAUGUAAAAUUUUGAUGUCUGUCACAAAUUAAAAUAUUUCACUACUGAUCCAUUAUUUAAUUCUUUACUAUUUAUUUUAACAUAUUGUAAGACUAAAACAUGUCAAUUGUGGAGAACCCACUACCCUUAUAAAGUACUAAUUAUGUUUACGAUCAAAGGUAUAUUAGGUAUUACCUUAUCUUUGUAAAAUUGUAUUUAAUACCUAAGAAAUUUUGAGAAAAAUUGUAUUUUAUA